AUGAAGGUGUUGGUAGUGGCCACCGACAUCGUCAAUCUCAAGGUUUCGGGUCGAUAACAUCGAAGAAAAAUGGUCCUAUCGCGGCGUGACGGUGCGAGAGAAAGUGGUGAGACGGGCUGUUCAAACCCGAAAAACAUUGAUACCUUUGAAUUUGAAAAUAGAGAGAAUGAGGGACUUGGAAACUACAGGAAAACGGAAUGAGCAAACUUCAACAAAAGAGAGAAAGACUGGUUCAACCCAGAUUCCGACAAAGAGAUGAAUUUGGAAGGUAUCCGCUUUGAGAUCUGGACUGACUGAGAUAAUUGAGGGCUUACAUUAAAGGAGAAUAUUAGAACUAUUACUUUCGGCCUAACUCAACUAUUAUCUUUCAGAGAGUUUUGCAAAAUUGUCAUUGACGAGAAUGUGACCGCCUCUAAUCUGGCCGAGUAUCUGGAGUCCUAUCAAGGCGGAAUGUACUCUCUAAGACUUGUCCUGGUAAAUAACACACUUUCAAUAUUUCAUUUCAAUAUCUUCGUCUAGGAAUUCCAAACAGUCGAUCUUCCGGACGUCGGAGAAGUUACCGUCCCGAUCGCUCUUUCGCCUCCGAUUCAAUCCGUUCUGUUCGAGAUAUCGAGUCGUCUCGCGGAAGCAUCGAUUGCUCAUCUGCUGACUAAAAAAAUGCGAAAGCGCAUUGAUGAGUAUGUGUCCGCUCGUUUUUCUCAAAUAAUUGGAAAACGCGUGGAAGAGCUGAAAGACGGGUGGAAGUUGCCGACCCGUUCGACUCUGCAAGUUCUAUUUGACUGCCAACUUCUGAAUGCCAUGUUCCCAGGCGAAAAGUAAUAAAGAAUUGAAGUUAAGAGUACGUAGAAGUGUUAUUCAGAUUGCGAGCGGUUUGUUCGGCCAUUGAAUCUCAUUUGGACCCGUUCGAUGUUUCCCUGCUGUCUCCUCUGCUCGCCACGAAUGUCAAACUUGUUUAUAUGAGAACCCAGGUACUGACAAGUCCCUAUUGAGCAUUUUCCAUUCCGAAAUGUUUAGGUUCUAUUUUAUUGUCUGGUGGCUGAUACACUGUCCAACAAAGAAGUGCAGCUUCCGCAAUCGUUCUCCAAGAUUCAAGAUUUGGCUGUGCACAUCGAACAGCCGUCCAGGAUUCCGACGAUCCCGAGACUCGAUAGAGCUGUGAGAAAUUACUUCCCACGUGGUUGACAGCAACUGUUUACAUUUCAGAUGGGCGGCGACAAAAAGAACGGAACGUCACGAUUGAAAAACAACAAGUAUCUGGCGAAUCCACAGCAACAAGGUACGGUUCCUCGCCUUCUUCACGUCGUAACUUUGCGUUUUCAGGAUCCUCCAAGAGCACGCCUUCAUUGAGCGCUUUCGUCGACAGAAUCUCGACUAGCUGGUUUGGAGGAGCCAAUAGUUGA